UCUCAUCCAUCAGGAUCCUCAUAAAGAGACUCAGCCAAUGAAGGUUAUGACAGUGCGUCGGAAGCUUCCUGGGUGUGAAGUCGGUCGAGUCGGCUCCAGGUUUUCUACCCCAGCUUUGGAAGUCCGAACCUCGGCAUCUCGCCAGACCUACAUCACUUCAACGCGCCCGAGAUGUCUACCUCCUACAGCUCUACACAAUGGCUGGAAAUGUGCGACAACCUAUAGACGUAGCCUCGCUAGAGCGCUACAUCACUGCCAAUGUCCCUGAAAUUGCUGUGCCCAUUGACGUCAAGCAGUUCGGGUAUGGGCAGUCGAACCCGACAUACCAGCUCACAGACAAGAAUGGCAAGAAGUUUGUCAUGAGGAAGAAGCCUCCGGGCAAGCUUCUUUCAAAAACAGCUCACAAGGUCGACCGUGAAUACCGGAUUAUCCACGCCCUCGAGAAAACCGAUGUCCCAGUACCUAAAGCCUACGCACUCUGCCAGGAUGAUAGCGUAGUAGGUAGCGACUUCUACAUCAUGGAAUUCCUCGACGGCCGCAUCUUCGAAGACCCAGCAAUCCCAGAGGUGACACCUGAAGAGCGGACGAAGAUGUGGCACUCUGCCAUAACCACGCUCGCCAAAUUCCACCGCGUGCAGCCCGCUUCCGUCAACCUCUCCUCCUACGGCAAACCCAGCGGCUUCUACAACCGGCAAAUCGCGACCUUCAACACCAUUUCGCAAGCGCAAGCCGCCACAAAAGACAUCGAGACCCACGAGCCCGUCGGCAAAAUCCCCCACCAGGACGACAUGGUCGCCUUCUUCACCGACCCCACCACCCAGCCCCCCGACAAGGCGACCUUCAUCCACGGCGACUAUAAAAUCGACAACCUCGUCUUCCACAAGUCCCUGCCCCACGUCAUCGGCAUCCUCGACUGGGAAAUGAGCACCAUCGGCCACCCACUGUCGGACAUCAACAACCUGCUCUCGCCCUACGUGACCGCGUCGUCGCAGAAAGCCGCGUCUGUGGGCCGCGCCCACGCGGGCUUUGUCCCGGGCGCCACGCCUGGGCUGCCGUCGCGCGAGCAGCUCGUGGCGUGGUACGAGGAGGUUGCGGGCUGGGACCCCCGGCCGCAGCUCACCUGGGGCGACGCGUUUGCGACGUACCGCAAUACGAUUAUCAUGCAGGGUAUUGCGGCGCGGUAUGCGGUCAGGCAGGCGAGUAGUGCGCAGGCGAAGGAUUAUGCAGCUAUGAUGAAGCCGUAUGCCGAGGUAGCUUGGGAUUUUGUGCAGGAGUAUAAGAGGGGGCAUGGGAAGGGGGAGAAGGCGAAGCUGUAGGUAGAAAAAUUGAUGUGUGUG